AAAAAGAAUAAAGAAAAAAAUUUACGUUUAGAACUACUAUAUGUGCAAUAAAUAAUAUUUUUUGCAUUCAUUAUUAUUCUUUUGUUGAAUAAUUAAGAAAAAUCUAAUAAAUAUAUACAAAAUAAAUAACUAUUGAACGCGAAAUUGGGAAUAAAAACAAAACCAAUUAUUAAUAUCUAUAUAAACAAAACACACUAAAUGUAAUCAUUAUAAAUAAUAGCAAGAUAAGAAAAAUUGAAAAUUAUUCACAUAUUAAAUAGAAGAAAAGAAAGAAAAAUCUUAUCAACAUAAAUGAUGAACUAUGAUGGUUUAUUGUCGCAGUUAACGGAAGAGAAAUUGAACUUGUUUCAAGGCGGCCCAACUGUGGGCACAACAACUGCAGCUAAUAUCAUACCAGUAGAGGAGGGUGCCAUCGAAGAGGAACAGGCCGCUACUAUACAAUGUGUUAGAAGGCCUCCAGCGGGAGCAAAUGCCAGUAAAUCAGAAGUCUCAACACCCCAGAGGAAAAUAUCGACUUCUUCGCGCUUUAUCAAUGCUUUCCAACAGCUUUAUACCACGUCCAGUGGCUCCUGUGUCAAUAAUGCCACAGAGAGUGAUGAUAACGAUGGCAACACUGCUUCUUCUACUUCGACCUCAACACCAGCUGCUGGUAGAACACCCACCAAAGGUAUGGAGUCGAAAUUGCUUACCAUGUGGCACAACGUUAAGUAUGGCUGGAGUGGAAAAUUGAAAUCAAACUUCUCCAAAGAACAACCUGUCUGGUUGUUGGGCAGAUGCUAUCACCGUAAGGCUACACCAUCUUCUUCCAUGGAAACUUCAGCCGAAUUGAGUAAUAAUCCGGGACAAGACAAUAGUAUCAUAUCGAGUGCCUAUGAUACAAUACAGCAAGUCAACUCAGAAAACAUAAUGACUCCGAAUAGUAAUACGGUACCAUUGUAUCCUGUCUUAAAUCCUCAACAGGUAGAGGAGAUAGUUGUGCCACAGGAAUUAGCUAUGGAUGCUACAGAGAAUCAGGUUGGGGAUAACCCUUGGGAGGAGGGUAUUGAGGGAUUUAAGCGUGAUUUCUACAGUCGUAUUUGGAUGACAUAUCGUCGAGAGUUUCCGCUAAUGAAUGGUUCAAAUUACACUUCAGACUGUGGCUGGGGCUGUAUGUUGCGCAGUGGUCAGAUGUUAUUGGCUCAAGCAUUAAUUUGCCACUUUUUAGGACGCAGUUGGCGCUAUGAUUCAGAAUCACAAUUGCAUUCGACCUAUGAGGAUAAUAUGCAUAAAAAGAUUAUUAAAUGGUUUGGAGAUAGUUCCUCCAAAAGUUCACCCUUCUCUAUACACACAUUAGUUGGUUUGGGGGAAAAAAUGGGUAAAAAACCGGGUGAUUGGUAUGGACCAGCUUCGGUGUCAUAUUUAUUAAGACAAUCCUUAAAAAAUGCUGCUCAAGAAAAUGCUGAUUUUGAUAAUCUGGUUAUUUAUGUGGCCAAGGAUUGUACAAUUUAUAUUGGAGACAUUGAAUCGGAAUGUUGCAUACCCGAGCCUACACCCAAACCUCAUGUACCUUGGCGUAAACCUGAAACUCCUAAAUCAUUAGAAGCUAAACAAAAUUGGAAAUCAUUGAUUGUAUUGAUACCAUUACGCUUGGGUACCGAGAAAUUAAAUCCAGUAUAUGCUCAUUGUUUGAAAUUGUUGCUCAGCACUGAAUAUUGUAUUGGCAUAAUAGGUGGUCGACCAAAACACUCUUUAUAUUUUGUAGGAUUUCAGGAGGAUAAAUUAAUACAUUUGGAUCCUCAUUAUUGUCAGGAAAUGGUGGACGUUAAUCAAGAGAAUUUCCCCUUACACUCAUUCCACUGCAAGUCACCCAGAAAACUUAAAACGAAUAAAAUGGAUCCAAGUUGCUGUAUUGGUUUCUACUGUCAGACUAAAACAGAUUUUGAUAAUUUUGUCGAAUCCGUGCAAAUGUAUCUUCAUCCCAUGCGUUGCGCAUCUGGCAGUCUAGAGAAACAGCCUUCUGUCAUCACCCAACAUCAACAACAAAUGCCUUCAAGUUUGACCAAUAGUUUUACGGAAACUUCAUCACAAUUUGCCGAAAUGAAUUAUCCCUUAUUUUCUUUCUCUAGAGGACGUUGUUUGCAACAUGAAAGUCAAAAUGAAAUGAGCGAUUCUCUAUAUAAACCUUUACAAAAACAACUACAACAAAUCAACAAUGAUUCUUUGACACCAGCAAGCAAUGAUGAUGAUAGUGAAACAGAGGAAUUUGUUUUACUUUAAAGAAUUAUUAUUAUAAUUUUCUUAUAUUUGUUAGCAAGCUUUUACUUUGUGCCUGCUUAUCACAAAACAAAAAAUACUACAUAUAUAAUAUAUCUCUAUCAGCACUAUUCUACGUAAAAGAGCUUCACUUGAAAUCACAAAGACGUCAGGCUAUGCUCUCCAAAUAUAUAUUAAGGAAAAUUUUCUAGACCCUAUUAUGGAAUAACGUUUCCCGUGUUCUUUGGUAAUCAAAAAAGUAAAGUCAACUUUUGGAAUAGUUCAAAAAUAUCUCAUGCCAUUAUAUUAUAUAUACUAUAUACAUUACAAAAAAAGAAAACAAAACUUUUUUUGUGUUACAUGCGUAUCUCAAAAUUUUAAGACUUAUUUAUUAAUUUUUUUUUUUAUAUCUAAUGCAGAACUUUGCUUCAGUGAAUCCUUUUUUAAACAAUGCAAUGUCAAAUGUUUAUUUGUAUUAUUAUUUUUAUUCAUAUAUUUUUGACGCAUUGUGUUUAUCUAACUAACGUCUUUUAUACAUUUUAUUUUUCACAUUUAACUUUAUUCUUAUCGGAAAUACGUACAUACAUACAUACUAUACUACAAAUUAUAUAUCUAUGAAAAGUGUUUAUUUUAAUUUAUUUGUAGUUUUAAGUUUACUCUACUAUAGUAGCAUAGUGUAUAGAAAAGAAUGAUUUAUUUAUAUUGUUUGUCAAUGUCAUUCAUUUGGUAACUAUCUAUUUAAAUUAGUCUUUUAUUUAUUUGUUAAGGUGCAAAUAUUAAAAUCAAUAAAAAGAAAAACUAACCAACAUACAAAAAUAUAAUGGAAAAAGAAACAAACAAAACACAUUCAAAAUAUUUAUAUAAGUUAUCAUUUUUAAAUUACUCGUACCUUAUUAUCUAAUUUAUAAUUGACAAACAAAUUCUUUUUAUUUAUAAAAUUAUUGAUGAAUGCCUUGUCUAUUUUGUUUUUAAUUUUCAUAAUUAUAUUUUAAGCCUUUAUUUUGCCGUUACAUUUGUGCCACAUUCACUAUUUUUAUUUUCUUUGUUUUUUAUGUGGGUACAGAUAUUUUAUUUGUAUUGUAUUUAAGAAUCAAUCAUUUAUUUAACAUUAAACCAUUUCCAUUUAAUUAUAUUUGAAAUAAAUAUUAAAUAAUUGUGAAG